AUGCCCUUCACGUCCUCAUACCCCAAACCCCCCACAGGCAUCUCCAUUCUCAUCGUCGGCGCCGGUUUCGCCGGCCUCACCACCGCCAUCGAAUGUCACCGGCACGGGCACUCCGUAAUCAUCUACGAAUCCUUCCCCACCCUCAAGUCGCUCGGGGACAUCAUCUCCUUUGGCGCCAACGGCGGCCGCAUCUUUGCGCGUUGGUCCGACGGGGCCAUCGCCGCCAAAUUGCGUUCCUUGUCUAUCGACUUGACGCAGUACGGAUUCAGGAUCCAUAAAUACGAUACGGGCGAGGUGGUCUACCACCAACCCACCCCGCCACAAAAUCCGGAGGCGCCCGUGUUUAAUGGCCAUAGAGGGGAGUUGCACCAGGUGGUGUUUGAGUAUGCGCGGGAUGAAUUGGGGAUUGAGAUCAACUUGGGGAGGAGGGUGGAGGGGUAUUUUGAGGAUGGGGAGAAGGCGGGGGUUGUGUUGGGGGAUGGGGAGAGGGUAACAGCCGAUAUUGUCAUUGGCGCUGAUGGCGUCCGCUCGAAAGCACGCCAGUUGGUCCUUGGAUUUGAAGAUAAGCCCAAGAGCAGCGGGUAUGCUGUUUGGCGAGCUUGGUAUGUCGCAUUUUCUCAGCCUUUGUCUCAUCAUACAUUGGCUAAACGCAGCAGGUUCCCAAACACCGACAUGAUCGUCGACCCCCGAACCUCCGAGUUCUGCUCCAACGGCGACACCUUCAAUGGCUGGAUUGGCCCUGACGUGCACUUCCUCUUCAGCACCAUCAAGAAUGGCUCUGACUGCUGUUGGGUACUCACCCACCGCGACGAGCACGACAUCGAUGAGUCUUGGUCCUUUCCCGGCAAACUCGAAGACGUGUACAAAGUCCUCGAAGGGUGGGAUCCCAUCUGCAAAGCAAUUGUAGAAAAAACACCCUCGCUGGUGGACUGGAAGUUGGUCUACCGUGAUCCGCUGCCGACGUGGGUGAGCAAACAUGCGAGGAUUCUGCUGGUGGGAGACUCGGCGCAUCCGUUUUUGCCGACGAGCGCGCAGGGGGCGACGCAGGCAAUGGAGGAUGGGGUUACUAUUGCUGUUUGUUUGAGGAGGGCGGGAAAGGAGGGGGUGCAGGCUGCUGUUAGGACUUAUCAGGAGAUCAGAUACGACCGCGUGAGAGCUGUGCAAAAGACUGGAGAAACAACAAGGGAUAGAUGGCACAAGACUGAUUGGGAAAAGGUUGCCAAAGACCCAACGAGCAUUGCCUUUCCUCGUGAGGACUGGAUUCAUCAGCAUGAUGCUGAGAAGCACGCCGAGGAGGUAUUUGAUGAGAUCUUCAAGAGGUUUAUUGGCCCGGAGGAGGAUAAGAACGAGCCGUUGCUUCCCAGAGAAGAAUCGGUGGCAGUUGCGUGA